GAUAAAGCAGAACACCAGAGGUUUGGGCUCGCUCUGCCUUUUUUUGGUCCUUUUUCUUGGAGCCACCUGGGCUGCUGUGUGGGUUUGGAUCACCUGGCUGCAGGGAGAGGAGGACGCAUAAUGUUGGUUCGGGCUGUGUUUUGGAUUUGCGCGGCCACCUGUGUCACAGCUUCCACCAAAGGUGAUGAUGCUGCUGCUGCUGCUGCUGGACCAAGACUCCAUAACAACCAGCUGUAUAAAUUCAGCUACACCACUGAGCUCCUGCUGGACAAGGCUCGGGGGUCAAAGGAGGGCAGCGCCGGCUACAGAAUCUCAAGCGAUGUGAACAUUAACCUAGUUUGGAGAGAUCCAAGCAACAAGGAGGACCAGUUGAUUCAGUUAGCUAUCUCUAACGUGAGGAUUGAGCCGGCGUCUCAGGGGUCAGAGAAGAACAACAUCCUUCAUGGAUCCACAACCGAAAGCAUCUUGGGGAAAUCUAAACUUGCAGCUCUGACAAAACCUUUCCUGGUGCACCUGAAAAAUGGAAAGACAAAAGCAUUCUACUCCUACUGGUCAGAACCUUCAACCAUCAGGAAUCUAAAAAGAGGCAUCACCAGCUUGUUGCAGUUUCAGAUCCAUACUGGGAAGGUUGUUGAGAAUGAUGUGUCCGGGAGAUGUACAGUUCAGUAUAAAGCAGCAGAAGGACAAGUUACAAGAACCAAAUUCCUGGAGACAUGUAAGACUUCAGAGACGGGAUUCACCACUCAUAGUACGGUGUUGGGUGUCAGCAGGAAGUCCAGUUCUGUUACAGUGUUUAAACUUGAAGAUGGUUUCAUUAAAUCUGCCGUGGCUGAAGAAACUCACUCUCUGGCUGUUAGCGCUCGUCGUUCCACCGCUGCUAAAAUUGUUUCCAGGCAAACCCUGCUGCUGGUUGGGAAAGAGGCUGGACCAAUGGAGAUGGCUGGAAAAGAUGUUGCUGGGGUUGUUAAGUCCAUUGAUGACAAACUGGCAGCUGUUGGGAUUGUUCCUGAGAAGCUGAAAACCCAGUGCAAAGGCUGUCCAACUCUCUUCGAACAUUGGCAGGUGGUGCAGAAGCAGCUGGAGCCAGCGAGCCUGUCCAAAGCCACAGCUCCUCGCAGCUUCCUGGGCUUCAUCCAGAGCAUAAGGAAGGCGUCCAAGGAUGAGAUCCUUAAAGUGCUGAAAAGUGCCAGCAAGACCACCCUGCCUCAGGUGGUAGAUGCAGUGACGUCUUCCCAGACGCCAGCAUCUCUGGACGCCAUGCUGGAAUUUCUGAAUUUCACAGAUGCAAAGGGUUUGGUUCUGCAGGAGCGUUUUCUCUAUGCAUGUGGCUUUGCCUCACAUCCAAAUGAGAAAAUGCUCACCGCUCUGCUGAACAUUGCUAAAGGAAAGAUUGGAUCUACAGAGAUCAAAGAAUCAGUGGUGAUUAUUAUGGGAGCUCUGGUGCACAAGUUGUGUCUGAAAGGAAGCUGUGAUUUACCGACAGUGGUGCAGGUGAAGAACAUGAUUCUAGAGGGUCCUGAAAGCACAAACGUUGAGUCUGAGGUCCAGAUGUACCUUCUGGCACUGAAGAACUCUUUGCUCCCUGAGGCAAUUCCCAUUCUCACCAGGUUUGCAGAGUCAGAGGUGGGAUCUUACAGCACCAUCGCCCUUACCGCACUGCAGCGAUAUGAUGUCCACCUCAUCACCCCAGAGGUCAAACAGACAGUGAACAGGGUUUACCACCAGAACAGGCGGAUCUAUGAGAAGAAUGUGAGAGCUGCUGCUGCUGACGUGAUUCUCAGUAGCAACCCCUCAUACAUGGAGGUAAAAAAUCUACUCCUGUCCAUCGGAGACCUGCCACAUGAAAUGAACAAGUACAUGCUGUCGAAGAUCCAGGACAUCCUCCGCUUCCAAAUGCCUGCCAGCAAAACUAUACGUCAAGCUUUGAAGGACAUGAUUUCCCAUAACUAUGAUCGCUUCGCUAAAGUUGGGUCCUCCUCUUCAUACUCAGGAUUCAUGACCCAAUCCCCUGAUGUGACUUCCACGUACAGUUUGGACAUUCUGUACUCAGGAUCUGGGAUCCUUCGCAGAAGCAACAUGAACAUUUAUGGUUCAAGUCAAGGUUCAAUGCUACAUGGACUGCAGGUGGCGAUUGAGGCUCAGGGUCUGGAGACUCUAAUCGCUGCCACUCCUGAUGAGGGGGAGGAGGACCUGGAGUCAUUUGCUGGUAUGUCAGCCCUGCUGUUCGAUGUUCAGCUGCGACCAGUCACGUUCUUCAAGGGUUACAGUGACCUCAUGUCCAAAAUGUUCUCCAUGACUGGGGAGCCCAUGAACGUGGUGAAGGGACUCAUCCUGCUCACGGAUCACUCUGAGGUCAUCCAGCUUCAGUCAGGCCUGAAGGCGAGUGCAGAGUUUCAAGGAGGCUUAGCCAUUGAUAUUUCUGGAGGGAUGGAGAUAAGCCUGUGGUACAGAGAGUCAAAGACCAGCGUCAAUAACAGAGCGGCAUUGGUUGUCACCGGCAACGUAACAGUGGACAUGGACUUUUUAAGAGCAGGUUUGGAGGUCAGCUUUGAGACAGAAGCCUCAUUGGAUUUCAUCACUACAGUCCAGUUCUCUGAAUACCCCUUCCUGGUGUGCAUGCAGAUGGACAAGGCUACUUUCCCUGUCAGUGAAUACUUUACCAGGUAUGAGAGCUUGCCAUCGGGGAAAAGCAUUAAAUCACGAAAGGGUAAAAAGCAACUUGUGCCUGGCUCUGAGUUCCCUCUCCAUCAGGAGAACUCCAACAUGUGCAAAAGGGUGUUUGAGUCCAGCUGGUAGAGAGGCCAUCAUGAUGACUUGACUACAAAAAGUGUAAACUGCUUUCAGAGGCCGCUGUCACAGGCCAACAUGGAAAAAGUUUGUUAAAAGGGGAAAAAAAGAAAUGAUGCUUUUAGCAACAUAAGCAACGUUUACAUUCUGUGAGUAUUUAAGGGGGUGCUGGUCAUUUUGACCCUUCAGCAUUUCAUGCCUUUAUGUUUUUAGCCGUUUUGUUUCCAAAUUUCUGAUUUGAAUAUGAAAAUAAUUCAUUUUGUUUUAUACCUUACCUUACCAUACCUUAUUUGUACCUCUUUAGGAUUUCUCACAUUAGGUAACAAAAAUAUAGGAUUAUUCAUCUACAUAAUUCAUAAUAAGUUCUGAAAUAGCAUGCUAAACGGAUUUACAAUUAUUAGGUUCUUCCUACAAAAUAAUUUCUUUACAGAUUCAAAUACAAAGAGGUUGGUAGGAUAUGGCUAUAAAUUUAAGUUAUGAAUUGAUGAAGGGGCAAAAUGAGCAAGGGUUAUAUAAAAAAAACAUUUGAAGGCAUUCAUUUUAUGUUUUUUUUUUUCAGAAAUUGGGAACUUUUGCCUUAGUAUUUUUGGAUUUCUAUGAAAAUUGUAUUUAUAAUGGGCACAUAGAAUAAAGCAUAUUUUGUUCUGUGUGUACUUAGCAUGCAUAGUAUUGUUAUCCCCAAAACCCCUAAUAAAGCUGCAGUAACGAAGAACUUGUAAAUAUUGGUAAAAGGAAAGUGUGCAUUAUAAGAUUUCAGGACCAAAAAUAUUAUUUUCCACUGUGAUAUUGUAUUUCCCUGUGAUAUUGUAUUUUUUAGAAUUAAUUUCCAAAUGAAAAUUAACAGUUUAUCCCAAAAUGUUGCUGUGCCCUAAAACACAAAUGUGAAAUGAAUAAUAUUCUGCAAAUGUGAUAAUUCUGUUUGUUUUAAUCUAGAUGUUAAUACUAAUACUUAUUUAAUUAUUGGUACAUUGUUUACUUUGUACUUGGAAGAUUUGGGAUGUAAGUUAAAUGCAGCUUAAAUUGCGAAAAAAAA